AUGUGGGAGAAUUUGAAGAAGGCCGCUGUUGAUAUGGUCAACGGAUUGGAUUCUAUUCCUGAGUCUCUGAAGAAAUUCCUUGAUGACUUGACACGUGAUAUCGAAGAGAUGGAAAAUCAUGGUGUAUUCGAUAUUUACCUGGAUGAACUCUUUGAUCACAUCACUGACAAAGUUGCUUACAAGUGUGGAUCUAUCUAUCUAUCUAUCUAUCUAUCUAUCUAUCUAUCUAUCUAUCUAUGUUUGUCUGUGUUUUUUUCUAUCUAUCUAUCUAUCUAUCUAUCUAUCUAUCUAUCUAUCUAUCUGGUCAUCUCUUUCUCUCUGUCUCUCUCCCCAUCCGAAUCUAUCUAUCUAUCUAUCUAUCUAUCUAUCUAUCUAUCUAUCUAUCUAUCUAUCUAUCUAUCUAUCUAUCUAUCUUUAUUGCUAACUGGUGUAAAUCUAUAUCGAUUCACGUAUUUCUCUGUUUGUCUGUAUCUCUGUUUUUCCCUAUCUACUUCGAAAUAUCAUCUUAAUCUUUCGAUAUAA